AUGGACACGAAGCUGCGCACCUCCUCCGGCAGGCACCCGUUGAACGAGGGAAUCUCCUUUGAGUGUUUGACCGAGACGGGUUUGGUGAGGAACGACCAAAGGAACGAGAUGUGGGACGACGCGCUUAUGCAGUUGAAGACGUACGACUCGGCGUUGGGUAUCGAGGCAAUGUCUUGGACAACAAAGGCCAUCAUAGGGUCGUGGAUUACGACGACGCGUGUGAAUUUCUUGGACAAGUCGAGCAAGAAGACAGAGAAGAGCUCACGGAGGCUUAAGGAGGCACAAGAGCUGAGUGGGAAACCUGUGGGACGAGUCAGGGUUGGGUCGUGGGGAAUCGAAGUGUGGGGUCGGGAUGUCGUGGAAGUGGAUUUUUCGGAGGUCGUGAGGGUUGAUGAGGUCGUUGGCUCGGGACCGGGCUUGGCGGGAGAAGACGAGCGGAGCGAAGUAGUGGAUGGGGAUGCCGUAAGAGGAGACGAGGCAAGAGAGCUGGAGGAGCUGGUUGAGGUGGCCUUGGGCCGGGAAAAGGGACGACAAUGGCGGCGGCGUGGUGGUCCAUGGUGGUGGAGGAGGGAGGGUUGGAGUCACUCCCGACUUGGCCUAAAGCUUCAACCUAAGACAAGUACUUUGCCCGAAAUUGAUCUGGCGGAGCUUCACAAUCAAUCUAGCCAAAUGCACCUCGGCUUUGCUUUGAACCACUCAUCAGGACUCCAUCAUAUGUUCAUAUCUACUCAAACAUUUGAAUUCCAAAAAAAAAGACAUACUAUUGAGCACGACGGUGAAAGAGCAACCGCUACCAACCUCUCAACGGUAGGAUUUCUGGAACCUGGCGCGGGCACCACGCCCACCGAACUUCUUCGGCUCGCAGCGCCUCGGGUCGGCCACCAGCAGCGUCCUGUCGUACCUCACGAGAAUGUCCUUGAUCUCCUUCUUCGACUGCUCGUCGACGUACUUCUGGUAGAAUGCAACGAGGGCCUUGGAGAUCGACUGGCGGAUGGCGUAGAUCUGGGAGGUGUGGCCGCCGCCCUUGACGCGUAUGCGCAUGUCGACGCCGGCGAAGCGGUGGCGGCCGAGGAGGAGGAUUGGCUCGAACACCUUGUAGCGGAGGAUCUCGGGCUGGAUGAGCUCGAUCGGGACGCCGUUGAUCUUGAUAAGGCCGCGGCCGCGCUUGCAGUGGGUGACCGCGACGGCCGUUUUCUUGCGGCCGAAGCACUGGACGGAUUCGGUUGGCGCCGCCAUGGCUGCGUGAGCUGCUGCUUUUCUCUCUCUCGUUUACGCGGCAGAGGAAAUCCCUAA